AUGAAGUUCAAUCCUUUCGUGACUUCUGACCGCAGCAAGAACCGCAAGAGACACUUCAAUGCGCCCUAUCACAUUCAGCGGAAAAUCAUGUCAUCUCCUCUUUCCAAGGAGCUGAGACAAAAAUACAAUGUCCGCUCCAUGCCCAUCAGAAAGGAUGAUGAAGUCCAGGUGGUGCGGGGACACUACAAAGGUCAGCAGAUCGGCAAGAUGGUGCAGGUUUACAGGAAGAAGUACGUCAUCUACAUCGAGCGCAUCCAGCGGGAGAAGGCCAACGGCACAACCGUCCACGUGGGCAUCCACCCCAGCAAGGUGCUCAUCACCAGGCUAAAACUGGACAAAGAUCGCAAAAAGAUCCUUGAACGCAAGGCCAAGUCUCGCCAGGUUGGCAAGGAGAAGGGCAAAUACAAAGAAGAAACCAUCGAGAAGAUGCAAGAAUAAAAUGUUCUGCUGUGAUUGCGAUUAAACUCUUGAAAUGAACCCGAGGGUUGUGUGUUCUACUUCAAAGCACUCGGGGAGACUUCUGUACCUGUGGAUUACUGCCUUUUCCAUUUUUUGAAAAUGGUAUUUGCUUCGCCUUCACUAUUUGCCUGGGUAGGUACAAGAUCACCCUAUUGGACA